ACACACACUUCUCUCCUCUCUUUCCCUUGACAAGCAACGCUCGCGGCACCGCGAGCACCUACCGCCAUCAUGGUGAAUAUCACGGAUAAGAUCAAGGAAAUUGAGGAGGAAAUGAGCAAAACACAGAAGAAUAAGGCUACUAAUUAUCAUUUGGGUCUGCUGAAGGGAAAGCUCGCGCGACUACGAGCACAGCUUCUCGAGCCCACCAAAGCCGCAGGAUCAGAGGGCACAGGCUUCGAUGUCAGCAAGUCCGGCGAUGCUCGAAUAGCACUGGUCGGCUUCCCUUCGGUCGGAAAGUCCACCUUCUUGUCCAAGAUCACAAAGACCAAAUCCGAAGUUGCAGCAUACUCCUUCACCACACUCACCGCAAUUCCUGGCGUGCUCGAAUAUGGCGGUGCCGAGAUCCAAAUCCUCGAUCUGCCCGGUAUCAUCGAGGGUGCUGCAGAGGGAAAGGGCAGAGGUCGACAGGUCAUCUCCGCUGCCAAAACGAGUGAUAUGAUUGUCAUGGUUUUGGAUGCGACGAAGCGAAAGGAGCAACGUGCACUGCUGGAAGCGGAACUCGAAGCGGUGGGGAUCCGACUGAAUCAAGACCCACCGAACAUCUACCUGAAGCCGAAAGCAGCGGGGGGUGUCAAAAUCACUUUUCAAGCUCAGCCGAAGAAUCUGGAUCAGAAGAUGCUGUACAAUAUCCUCAAAGGUUACCGCAUUUUGAAUGCAGAGGUAUUGAUUCGAGAUGAGAAUGCCACCGUCGACCAAUUCAUCGACGUCAUCAUGAAAGACCACCGCACAUACAUCAAAUGCCUGUACGUGUACAACAAAAUCGACAGCGUCAAUCUCGAAUUCCUCGACAGCCUCGCUCGCGAACCGCACACGGCCGUCAUGAGCUGCGAACUCGACCUGGGCGUACGCGACGUCGUCGACCGCUGCUGGACCGAAUUGAAUCUGAUACGCAUCUACACGAAGCGCAAAGGCGUGGAUCCCGAUUUCGCCGAAGCGCUGAUUGUGCGGCACGGAAGCACGAUUGAGGAUGUCUGCGACGCGUUGCAUCGGAGUAUGAAGGAUAGUUUCAAGUAUGCCCUCGUGUGGGGUGCGAGUGCGAAGCAUGUGCCGCAGAGAUGUGGAUUGGCGCAUGUGGUGGCGGAUGAGGAUGUGGUGAGUAUUGUGGGGACGAAGAGUGGGUUGAAUGCGGAGACGAAGUAGUGGUUGUCUGAGUGUGAGUUGAGUGAGAUGAGAUGAGAUGAGAAACAAGAAAGAGGGCCUGAAAUGAGCUUUUUCU